AAAAUGUGCGUUAGCGUGCGGACUGAGGGAAGCCCCUAGUUAGCCAAGAGUGGAAUCAUGGAUGAUGAGGAGGUCGCCGAGAGCUGGGAAGAGGCUGCCGACAGCGGGGAAAUGGAGAGGAGACUAGAGGAAAAACUUAGAAUCAGUCAAAAAGAAAGACUUUCAAGUGGCAGUUCGAGUCGCUCUCCAAUGAGAACAGCAAUCGUAAUUCAGGACGAUUCCCUCCCCGCCGCACCCCCACCUCAGAUCCGUAUUUUGAAGCGACCCUCCAGUAAUGGAUCUUUAGGAUCAUCUGCGCUGCAGACUCGACCCUCCCCGCAAGUGAAAUCCUUAGCUCAGCGAGAGGCAGAAUACGCAGAGGCCAGGAAGAGAAUCCUCGGCAGUGCAACUCCUGAUGACACGCCACAGGAGAGACCCAAUUCAGACCGAUCUCCACGGGGAAGCAGCCAUACACUUUCAGAGGAAAACAGACCAGGAAACCAUGUGGUUCGACAGCCAGCAGGUCCAGACGGUACACAAGGCUUUCACCACCAGCGCAGAUAGGAAUAACAGCCUUUCCUGGGAGACCAGAAGAGGCGAGCGAGGGUCUCCCAGAUUAGGGUUUAAAUUCAAAUCAUUUUUAUCAAUAUUUAGGAUGUGGGAUGUUCUUCAAAGAAAUAUAAAAAACCCUCUCGAAUCCAGCACGGCCUGUGUGGAAUGUACCGGGGGAAAGAAACACGAUCUAGCGAAGCAGAUGUGGGAAACUUUCCCUGCUUUUUACACUGUGAUGAGGACCUCGCCUCCGGACACUGCUCACUGUGAUGUCCAGCCCCAACGAAAUCCCUUAAAAAUUAAAUGAAAAUGGAGAGAAAUGAAACAGAACUAUCGUCCCUUCCUCACCUCAUGUAAGCAAAAUCCUCUGAAAAGACAUUUGGGAUGGAAGAAACAAGCGUGCUAGAAGCAACAGAAGAAAGGCACCAGCUUCCUUCAGCAAUAAUUCUAGAAAUCUCACCAAUUACUCAAACCUCCCUUCCACACUGUUCUCUCCAGCUUUUUGUAUUGCUUGUGUUUGUCUUUUGUUUUAAUUAUUUUGGUUAUUACCGGUCUGCUAAUUGCCAUAUGUUUUUAAAUGGGUAAGGAAGGUAUGUUGUGGAAACUCGAGCUGACUUUCUUUAUUGUUUACGGUUAUCUGUUGUUGUUUUUCUUAUGUUUUAUUCAUGGGUCUUCCUCUGACUGUCCUGAUUUCUACAUAAAGUAAAACGAAUAAAAACAAAAACAUAAGUAGAGAGUUAAACGAGUGCAACAAUCACAUUUUUAAGCCGUUUCUAUGCCUUUUAUAAUAUGAUUUAAAGGUAGUCGUUUUUAGACCUGUGCAUUUUAACGGAAAAGAUGAGUUGUGUAAAUAUUUGUCGUGCUGGGAAGAACUGAAGAGAGGGUGAAACGAGGAGAGAUAAAAAAAAAAAA